AUGAGUAUUUAGUAAACUAAUGCUUUUUGGGAAUUUUUCGAGCUCUCUGAAAACGAUUAUUCAGGUGUUUUUAAAGCUAAAGAAACUUUUAUAGGAAAAAGAAGUGGUGGAAAUAAGAAUGGUUAACAAAAAAUAAGAGAAAUAUUAAUGUUUGACCAAAACUAUAAAAUGGAAUAUGGAAAAGCCAAAACAGGAAAAGAAGCAGGAAUUGUAAUAAGAACUUCAUCAAGAAUACUUCAUUUAGAAUGCUUGAAUUAAUUUCAUUUCUAUGAUGUUUUAGCCGCUAUUAUUUAAGCUAGAUAAUGUUCUCCUUACACUGAAAUACAUAGAUUUGAUUCUUUUGCCCCUGAACGUUCAAACACAGAAUGCAAAUGGUUUAUUGAUGGACAUGUAAUCAUAUUUAAAAAAUUAUUUGAAAUACAAUAAUAAUUAAAAUAGGACUACUUCAAAGAUUUAUAUCAUAAUCUAAUUAAGGCGAAACAAUCAGUUUACAUAACUGAUUGGUGGUUAUCUCCAGAAAAUUAUUUGCUUCGUCCUGUUGGCGAAGUAAAAUAAUAUUUAAAAUGUGAUUUUUAAAAUAAAAAUAAGAUAAAAAAUUAAGAAAGUAGAAUGGAUAAAAUUCUUGAAAAGUUAGCUGAAAAGGGCGUGCAAAUAAUGAUAAUUGUUUUUAAAGAACCUGCAAUUGCCUUAACAUUAGAUUCAGCUCAUACUAAACACUAUUUAAUGAAACUUCAUCCUAAUAUAAUUGUUAUGAGGCAUCCUAAUUCACUUUUGCCCUUUUUAUGGUCUCAUCAUGAAAAAAUGGUAAUUAUUGAUUAAUAAAUAGGAUACUUAGGAGGAAUAGAUUUAUGUUAUGGAAGAUAUGAUACAUAAAAUCAUGACUUAACAGAUUUUCGUUAAUAAACAGAAAAAUAAAAUUUAUAUAAUUUUCCGGGUAUUGAUUAUUCAAAUGCUAGAAUUAAAGAUUUUCAAAGUGUAAGGCAUCAUCAUAUAACUUCUUUAGAUAGAAUGAAAUAACCUAGAAUGCCUUGGCAUGAUAUCUAAAUGAUGGUUGUAGGCGAAGUAGUAAAAGAUAUGGUUAGACAUUUUGUUUAAUAUUGGGAAUUCGCAAAAGUAAUUAAAUAUAUAUUUAAAUAAAAAUAAUAUUAAUAAAUAAAUAAAUAAAUAAAUAAAUAAAUAAAUAAAUAAAUAAAUAAAUAUAUAAUCAUAAUUUUUUUAUAUUAUAUUAUAUAAAUAAAUUUAUAAGAACUUAUUUCAUAGAAAACGAAAAGUAGAUAAAAAGAAUUUAAGACAAUUUCUAAGCUUUUUUAAAAGCCAUAAAAUAUAUGUAAUCCUUUUGACAAUAUGGCUGGAAAAAAUGGACUUGAUUUAUUAGAAAAUAUUAAUUAAUAGUUUAUGAAAUAAGAAGAUGUUAACUUUUUUGAAAUUAAAAAUACUGCAAAAUAAUCAGAAUCGAUUAACAUGAGCUAAAUGUAUACAAAAAAUAAAUAAAAGGCUACUCCUUUAUAAUAGUUUUAUUAAACUUAAACUGAAGAGAAAAUUAUCAAAUAGAAAAUGCAUUUUGAUUAUAUUGAAUAUACUAAAACAGGAACUUGUAAAUGCUAAAUGUUACGUUCAGGAUCUAGCUGGAGUUUAGGAUUAAGUAAUUUUAAUACUGAACUUAGUAUAUAAAUCGCUUAUAUUUAGCUUAUUACUUAAUCUAAGCAUUUUAUUUAUAUUGAAAAUCAAUUUUUUAUAUCAUGCACAGCUGGACAUGUUGUUAAAAAUUAAAUUGCAAAUGCACUUAUUUAAAGAAUUAUUAAAGCUUAUUAAGAAUAAACAUCAUUUUUUGUUUGUGUAGUUAUGCCUUUAUUACCAGGAUUCGAAGGAGAAGUAUAUGAUUCGAACUCAGCAGUAAUGAAAUGCUAAUUAUAUUGGGAAUAUAAUACUAUUUGUAGAGGGGGUUCAUCAAUUUAUGAAAUUUUAAGUAACUAAGGCAUUAAUCCUUAUAAAUAUAUAAGAUUUUAUGGUUUAAGAACACACAAAUCAAUAAAUGAUUAACCUGUUAGUGAAAUAAUUUAUGUUCAUUCAAAAUUAUUAAUAGUUGAUGAUAGGUUUGUAAUAAUAGGAAGUGCAAAUAUUAAUGACCGAUCUUUGAUCGGAACUAGAGAUUCUGAAAUAGCUGUAAAAAAUAAAAAUAAAAAUAAAAAAAUAAAAAAUAAAAAAUAAUAGAUGUUGAUUGAAGACACUAAAUUAGUUUCGAGUUUUAUGGAUAAAAAACCUGUAAUGGUAGGAAAUUUCAGCUUUACUUUAAGAUAAAAUUUAUAUUAUGAACAUUUUGGAUUGAACUCAAUAUAAGCUAGAGAUCCUUUAAAUGAAGAUAAUUUAAACUUAAUAUUCAUGAGGACAAAAAUAAACACUGAAAUAUAUAGAGAAGUUUUUAGGUGUUAUCCAGAUGAUUAACUAGAGACUAUUUCUAAAAUAGAAAGUUGGCAAAAAGAAAGGAAACUAGAUAAAUAUAAAGAAUUAAAAGACCAUAUAAUAGGCAAUGCAGUUGAAUUGCCUUUAGAUUUUCUAAAAAACGAAAAUUUAAACUUAAAAAUAUCUCAAAAAGAGUAUUUUGUUCCAGUGGAGAGCUUUUUGUAAAGAAGAUGUCUUGUCGUUUUUUUUUAUUUUAUUUUUUUAAAAAAGUGUAUUCAAUUAUUAUAUGUUAUUAUUUUAAUAUAAUGA